AUGAGCAAUCAGCCGCGCUCCAACCGAGGACACCGGGACAGAAACGGAGACGGGCGAUACUCCAGGGAGCACGAGGACAGACGCUCAUCACCAGACAGAUCUUCCUCUCAACCUCCUCACUACACCAGAGAAGCUGCCCACUCCUCUAGAAAUGGCCGGGAUGUCCCAAGAGUGGAGCACCGUGAAUCUGACUCCAAAUGCACCCACAUGUGCUCCAGGAGAGGCAUUGUCCUCAUUUGUGCCGUCCUGACCAAUGCACUGGUGCUGAUCUGCGUGGUGGCGGCACACAUGGUGACCUCGGGCAUGUCCGCUGCAGCUGGGUUGGGCGGUUUCGACAUAAACUCCAACUUUAACCUGCAGGGCACUGAGCUUCAGAAGGUGCGAGAGCUGGACAUGCAGUACAGCCAGAUGAGGGCGCCAGGCAUCUACGGAGGCAUCUCGUUCAGUUUGACCUUUGGUGUCAUCAGUCUCCUGUUUGUAGUAUCAGGGAAUAAACCGGCUCACUUAAUGUCCCGAAAGCUACUAGUCGGAGCGUUAUUUUUCCAAGCUAUUGGAGCAGUACUCUACAUCGUCGCUGUUGGAUUGUUUUUGCAUUUUAUUAUAAGGGUGAAUUCAACAGACAUAUGCCAGCAGCGAGAGCGGAUCUACGCUCGGAGUGGGUACACCUGGAUGAACUGUGAUGUGAGCGGGGCAGAUGCAGCAGUGGCUUUGUUUGGGCUCAUCACGGCUAUUCUGUACAUAGUUGGGACAGUGCUCACAUUUAAGACAAUCAGAGCAGUCAGGCACUACCAGAAGGAGAGGAGAGCGAGGCACAUGGACAGAAACGAGGCCCGCUCCCAGCCACACAGCGCCCCCCUCAGGGCCAAAACCACCUCUGUAUAAAGGCUCUGGUUUGAUCACAUGGCAGGUUUAUACUUUGAUAUUUGUGAAAUUUCAGUUUUAAUUUUUAGUCUUUUAAAAAAGUUUUAGAACUUUUUAUUAACUUUUUGUAUGAAUAUAAAGUUAUUUGCGAAGGGUUGAUGUGAAGGGUUAAUAAGACAAAACUUUUUUUAACUUGAUUUUGUUUUGUUGCCUUGGAUAAUAAAUGAUUCAAAUACACAAAUAAAAGUACCGUAAUAAGUAAUACU